AUGGGGAGGCGGGCGGCCGACUAUCGGCGCCCUUCGAAGGAGAUCUCGCAUUGGAUCUGGUUUCUUCUUGGCUCCUUCUCUGUUGCGGGGCUGGUCUUGUUCGUGGUUCACCAUAAUCACCAGGAAGAUCGGAUUGACCACCCGCUGCUGGUAAAGCCUAUGGACAAUGUUGUUCCCGAGCGUUUAAAUUUUACCGAAGAGAUACUGAGUGUCACCUCGUUUUCUAGACAGUUGGCGGAGCAAAUGACACUUGCCAAGGCUUAUGUUAUCAUUGCCAAGGAGCACAACAACCUUCACCUUGCAUGGGAACUGAGCACAAAGAUUAGAAGUUGCCAGCUUUUGCUUUCAAAAGCAGCCAUGAGAGGACAGCCUAUUACGCUAGAUGAAGCACGGCCAAUAAUAAGUAGCCUGUCAUCUCUAAUAUAUAAAGCACAAGAUGCACAUUACGACAUUGCUACCACCAUAAUGACGAUGAAAUCUCAUAUUCAAGCCCUUGAAGAGCGUGCAAAUGCAGCAACUUUUCAGAGUACAGUGUUUGGACAAAUGGUGGCUGAAGAACUACCAAAGAGUCUCAAUUGCUUAAUGGUUAAGCUCACCGCUGAUUGGCACAGGAAGCUUCCCUUACAUGAACUGGCAGAUGAGAAAAAAAACUCUCCUCGACUAGUGGACAACAAUCUCUACCAUUUCUGUAUCUUUUCGGAUAACAUACUGGCUACUUCAGUUGUUGUAAACUCUACCAUCUCCAAUGCUGAUCAUCCAAAACAGAUUGUCUUCCAUAUUGUCACCAGUGAAGUCAGCUAUGGAGCUAUGCAGGCGUGGUUCCUUAGUAAUGACUUCAAAGGAUCUAUUGUGGAAGUGCAGAACAUAGAGGAAUUUUCUUGGUUGAAUGCUUCGUAUUCUCCCAUUGUGAAGCAGCUCCUUAACACAGGUUCACAGGAUUACUAUUUUGGGGAGAAUCAAGAUUUGAAGGUUGAACCAAAAUUCCGGAACCCAAAGUAUUUGUCUUUGUUGAAUCACCUUCGGUUUUAUAUCCCUGAAAUCUAUCCACAGCUAGAGAAGAUAGUAUUUCUCGAUGAUGAUGUUGUGGUUCAGAAGGAUCUGACACCACUUUUUUCGCUGGAUUUGCAUGGUAACGUGAAUGGAGCAGUGGAAACAUGCCUUGAAGCAUUCCAUCGAUAUUACAAGUAUCUCAAUUUCUCAAACUCACUCAUUAGCUCAAAGUUUGACCCACAGGCAUGUGGAUGGGCAUUUGGGAUGAAUGUCUUUGAUUUGAUUACAUGGAGGAAAGCCAACGUGACCGCACGGUAUCAUUACUGGCAAGAGCAGAAUACUGAUCGGACACUGUGGAAGCUUGGAACUCUUCCUGCUGGUCUUCUAGCAUUUUACGGACUCACAGAACCACUUGACCGGAGAUGGCAUGUCUUAGGAUUGGGCUACGAUGUGAACAUUGACAACCGUUUGAUCGAGAGUGCUGCAGUUAUUCACUUCAAUGGGAACAUGAAGCCUUGGCUGAAAUUGGGUAUUGGCAGGUAUAAAUCUCUAUGGAAAAGAUACUUAAAUCAAAGCCACCCAUAUCUCCAACACUGUGUCACAAGUUAAAAUUUUUGCUACUUCUUGAUUUUACCCGUAAUUUAUGCGAUCGCCAUUGUUUUUAAACACUAUUUAUGAUCGCGGAUUAUUGUAGAGUAAGAAGUAGAAAAUUUUGGCUUUUUUAGGAGUUUUUAUUUUGAUUUUUCCAAAUAUUUUCUUUGAUCAUAGUGUUAAAAAAGAAAGAAUGAUUUUUAUACAUUAGAAAGUUUGAGAUGUUAGAAGGAGAAAGAUCUGGGGGAUUCAUUUUUGACUGAUGGUUUUUUCUCCUUAUCCCCUAUUGGAAACUGUAGAAUUAUUUGUUCUUUACCAAUUCUUGUAAUAAUCUCUCUUCAUUUUGGAUCAUGUUGUAAUUGAACCAAGAUAUUGCCUUUUAGUCUUCUUC